CCUCGGCGUUGCUCUGUGUGAUCAGCUUUGCAUCGCCACUGUUGCGGAAUAAUUUGUUGCCUUCCAUAGCUCCCUUGCACCCCUCCGCUUCAUCGUCGCGUUGCACCAGUGCUGAAGAGAAUUAUGGACGCGGAAGAGAAUUAGAACUUGUUAUGACUGAUACUAUGGAUGGAGAUACUUUGAGCGAGAGAGAGAGAGUAGUGAUGGACUUUUCGGUGCCUGCAAUCUUACAUAUCGCAUAGACAACGCAUGGCUUGCAGAGAGAUGGCGAGGAAGGCGUGGCCAGGAAGUACCAGAACACUCCAUGGAGACUGCAUUGUUGAAGAAGUGCUGGCAGUGGAGAGGCACAAGGAAUGGAGAGAGAGAGAGAGAGAGAGAGAGAGAUGGCAAGGGGAGGUGCAAAAAGGAAAAGAGAAGUGGUUAGUUCCUUGCAGGAGCGGGAAGAGUCGAUGAUGCGGAGACGAUGUUGUUCGGAAUUGACGGACGUCGCAACCGAGCGGGUUUAGUUCCGGGUUUCGAAUUAUAUCUACGGUCAGGGGGCAUGAGGCGAAGAGACAGGCUAUGAAGCAUUUGAGGGUGACAAAGGGAGCGAUUUGGGGAUGUGAGAGUGCAGUGCGUGCGGAGCGCCAUGUCCAGGCUGAUCUUCCUCGAAUCCCUUUCGGAGCCCUUCUGCUGCAGCAACCUUGGGCAUCGACAAAUAUCUCCCUUAUUCCAACGGAAGCACAAUGCACAGAACAUCCUCUCCCUUAUUCAAAUUCCCAUGGCGAAGCUUUGUCUAUGAAAGCAUGUGGAAAUUAUUUUAAAAAUAUGUAGAGGAAGCAUCAACAUGUGCCGACUGGACCACAGCCCUGUGAUCAAGAACAUGAUCAAGAUUUGCACUCCCAGCAGUUUAACUAACAAAUAUCGUAUGCUAGCAAAGAAAGGCGAAGGCACAUUUUCAGAGGUGUUAAAAGCUCAAUGUAUCAAGACAAGCAAAUAUGUUGCCAUCAAGUGUAUGAAAAGCAACUUCAACAGUAUAGACCAGGUGACCAGCUUACGGGAGAUUCAGGCAUUGCAGAGGCUCUCUCCUCAUCCCAAUGUUGUCAAACUUCUCGAAGUCCUUUACGACCAGCCAACAGGGAGACUCGCUCUGGUGUUCGAGCUUAUGGACAUGAACAUAUACGAGCUCAUUCGAGGACGACGCAAUUAUGUGGCCGAAGAUCGGAUAAAAAGUUACAUGUAUCAGCUAAUGAAAGCGAUGGAUCAUAUGCACAGGAAUGGCAUAUUUCACCGGGACAUAAAACCAGAAAAUAUACUUAUCAUGGAAGAAGUGCUCAAGCUUGCGGACUUCGGAAGUUGUCGCGGGGUGUAUUCAAAGCAGCCUUACACGGAGUACAUCUCCACACGUUGGUACCGAGCACCAGAAUGCUUGCUGACGGACGGAUAUUAUAACUAUAAGAUGGACAUGUGGGGUGUGGGAUGCGUCUUCUUUGAGAUUGUCAGCCUCUUCCCCCUCUUCCCAGGCAACAACGAGUUAGAUCAGAUCCAGAAGAUACACAAGAUACUCGGGACACCACCGCAGCAGUUGCUGGAGAAGAUGAAAAGGAGGUCACAACAUGCGGAUUUUAAGUUCUCUCAGCAGGAUGGGACAGGCAUCGCUCGGCUGGUCCCACAUGCCUCAGCUUCAUGCGUGGAUCUCCUCACCAAGCUGCUGGCAUACAAUCCUGACGACCGAUUGUCUGCCAGGCAAGCACUAAGGCACAUCUACUUUAAAGACUUACGAGAAAAAGACAAGUUACAACAAGCAUUCCACAACGCAAAUCGCAAUCAUAGCGUACGCCCAUCCCCUCGGGUGGUGCCUCACGAGAAUACAAAGCAGCGAGACAUAGUGAAGGUUAGUAUCAACGAAAGGGUUCCCAACAACCAAAGUCUGAGCUCUAGCAGUUCUCCACAGUCCAUGGCCAGUGUCUUGCAGCUCCCAAACAUGAGCAGCACCUCCAAGUCUGCCAAGGAGGAUGAGAGGGAUAUAUUUCAAGAGGGAGACUCGACCCCUCUCUCCAAUUUUGCAGACAUGCAUAGUCCGGCCACAUACACCUCAGGAUCAGCAGUUUCCAAUUAUGUGGCUCCUGAAGUAGGUCCUACACAAAGAGACAACUCUGAGGAGGCUUGCAUGGAGUUUGGCCAUGCUUUACCACCCAUCAAAAGCAGCUACAACAAUCCUACGCUUUCUCCGAAACUGCUUGGUCAAAACAAUGGCAGCUCCAAUUUCAAGAACAAUCAGCGACUGCAGACUCCAAAGGCAUACUGUCAAAAAUCUACUAAAAGUUUGAAAGGGGCAAAGAGCCAUCGAGCACUUCCCGAGCUCUCACCGAAGAGUACAGUAGGUACCUACAAGCCUGGCGAACCACCUCCCUACAAGAAGCGGGCAAAUAACAGCAAGUAUUUGAGCCCUUACUCUCAGAGAUAUAAAAGCAGCCAUCUGCCUUGAGCUUCCUCCUUCCAUGUUUAUAUUUCCCUGCAGCUUUAUGAGAUUAUUGCUUGCAAAGCAAAGAGAGCCUAAUUCAUUUCAGAAUUAAGUCUGAAAUAGUUUCGUGGUUUACAUUUGAAGUACAUGGUCACACACUACUUUGUAUCUGUACUGAAAUUACCACUUACCAUCAGGGGGAGCCUGUCCUAACCUAACCAAAACCUAAUUUUAAGCCAAGAUCUGUUCACCAAAUACCUGAUAUUUGGAAACUCUUAAAUCAUGUUCUGAUGCCAUGGUUUACACAAUGUCUACAUGUUUUCAACAUGUUUCCUUCAGUAUAUGAAGCAUCUAUUUUUGGGUGAUUGAGUAAACAUUGUCAUGAUGAAGACUGACAAGUCUCAAGUUGUUCUUGACACCAAUGAGCAUGGAAAUUUACUGAUCAGAUCAAAGGAGCUCGUGGACUUGCAAUCAGGAAGUAGAGAAGACUCUAAGCAGGUCAGACUCAGAGGAGGUGGAGAGCCCCAGACCAGCAAGAACAAAGGCCUUGAGUUCCCCCAGUGCAAAAACUCCACAACUUACUUCAGCUU